GGGUGCACGAUGGAAACUUUAUUUUCUGAAGGUGCAAAAGUUAACGAAACCGGACAAAUAUUAUGAAUUAGGUAAUGCUCCCUGACAAGCAAAAAAAUCUCCCCCACAUUUCAAAAAUAAUUCAGAUCCGAUUCCGUUUUGACUUUCCUAGCAACCAUAUAUAAAUAUUCAUAUUCCAUGAAGCAAUUUGUCUAAUAUUCCCCUCCAGUGAAGUGGUUAGAAAACACUGACUAAAUUUGAAAAUCAUGACGCAACAGGCUGAAGGGUUUGAAGAAUUGACCCUUAAGAAUUGGAGUUAUAGAGAAUACAAAACUAAUGAUUGGAAAUUACUGAGACCUGGUGCUUCUACUACGGAGAUCCAUGCUGAUCUUUUGCAUAAUAAAGAAAUUCCUGAUCCAUUUUUAGAUCGAAAUGAACGAGAUGUUCAAUGGGUUGGUGAGAAAGAUUGGGAGUAUAAGGCGAUAUUUUCAGUUUCUAAUUCUGCCAAAUCUAAGGUCAAUCAUGAGUUGAUAUUUGAUGGUUUGGAUACAUUUGCAACAGUAUAUCUUAAUGAUAAAGAAAUUUUACGGACUGAUAAUAUGUUUCGUCAAUAUACUGUCGAUGUCAAAUCUGCAUUGAAAUUUGAUAGUGAUAAUGAACUUAGAAUAUUUUUCAAAAGUGCCCUUUUUACUGCGAGAGCAUUAGAACAAGAGCAUGGAAAAUUCAAAUGUUUUAAUGGUGAGACGAGUAGACUUCAAGUCAGAAAGGCUCAAUAUCAUUUUGGUUGGGAUUGGGGUCCUGUAUUAAUAACUUGUGGACCAUACAAACCAGUUAAAUUGGUUUCUUAUGAAGCAAGGAUUGUUGAUGUGUAUGUUCAAGCUGAUGUAGACUUGGAAAAGAAAGCUGCCAUAAUCAAUUCACAAGUAGAAAUUAAACUUACAAAUGCCGAGCAACUUCUGUUACAAGUUUUAUCUCCAUCUGGAGAAUUAAUUAAAUCAUUUUCUAGCACAGUGAAUGCUACAUCAUUCUCUAAUAAGUUCGUUAUUGAAAAUCCCGAACUAUGGUACCCUUUCACACAUGGUGAUCAGCCAUUAUAUGAAUUCAAGUACACGUUGAAUAAUCAGGUUAUUAUCAAAAAGGUAGGAUUAAGAAAGGUGGAGUUAGUCCAAGAAAACUUCAAGGAACAAGAAGGAUCUAGUUUCUAUUUUAAGGUAAAUUCUGUUCCUGUUUAUGUUGCUGGUUCUAAUUGGAUCCCUGCACACUCUUUACAAACAUUAUUGGUUGAUCAAGAUUACAAAGAUCUCUUACAAUUGGCAGUUGAUGGUCAUCAGAAUAUGAUCCGUAUAUGGGGUGGUGGUUAUUAUGAGAAUGAUUUAUUCUAUGAUUUAUGUGAUGAAAAGGGAAUUUUGAUUUGGCAUGAUUUUAUGUUUGCUUGUGGUCAAUAUCCUGCUUAUCCUGAAUUUAUUGACAAUGUUACCGAAGAGAUCAAUUAUCAGUUAAAAAGACUUAGAAAUCACUGUAGUAUUGCCUUGUAUGCUGGAAAUAAUGAAGAUUAUCAAGUUGCCGAAGAAUUUAAUUUGGAAUGGAAUCCGGAAGACACUUCGGGAGAUUAUACAGCAACUACAUUCCCAGCUAGAACUCUUUAUGAAACGGUCUUUCCUAGAAUCGUUCAAAAGUUCAGUCCUGAAAUUCCUUAUCAUCCUGGAUCUCCUUGGGGAGGUAAGGGAACUGCAGAUCCAACUAUAGGUGAUCUCCAUCAAUGGAAUGUAUGGCAUGGAAAUCAGGAAAAAUAUCAGGAUUGGUAUAAACUAGGAGGAAGAUUUAUAUCUGAAUUUGGAAUGGAAGCUUUACCCAAUAGGAAAACAUUUGAAGCUUGCAUAACUGAUCCUGAUGAAUUAUAUCCACAGAGUCAAACUGUUGAUCAUCAUAACAAAGCAGAUGGUUUUGAACGGCGUUUGGCUUUAUAUGUGAUUGAAAACAUUAAGGUACAAGGAUUAGAUUUUGAUUCUUGGAUCUAUGCUACUCAAUUAAUGCAAUCAGAGUGUCUUGGGUAUGCUUAUAGAUGUUGGAGAAGAGAAUGGAGAGGUGAUGGAAAGAGAUAUACAGGAGGUGCUAUUGUUUGGCAAAUCAAUGACUGUUGGCCAGUCACCUCUUGGGCCAUUAUUGAUUACUAUAAGAGACCCAAAUUAGCAUACUAUUCGGUUAAAAGAGAAAGUAGACCAAUCAGUCUUGGAAUGUACAGAAAUGAAGUUAAACAUACACCAAAAGCAGCUCUACCAGUUGGACAAUCUGGACAGCCACAUGAUUAUUAUCCAGUUGAUUAUUCUGUGGAUGUUUGGGGUUCAAGUUCUAAAAUUGAAGAUGAAUAUGUGACCUUAGUAGUCGAUAUUUAUGAAGUUGUUUCUGGUAAAAAGGUUGAAUCAUUUUCAAAAGAGACCGUCUUGAAAGGAAAUUCUUCGACUGAGGUGGUUCUGAAACAUCCUAUUUCUAGUAAAAUCCCACUUGUAGUUCACAGUAAAUUUGUAUCUAAAAAAGAUGGAAGUGUUAUUGCAAGUGCAGGAGACUGGCCGCAACCCAUCAAAUAUCUUAAAUUUCCCGAUAGAGAGGUUAAAUUUGCUGUAUCUAAUGGCUAUAUAACAUUAUCUGCAAAUAAGCCCGUCAAGGGGGUUGAGAUUAUAGUUGAGAGAGAUGUUUUCUUAGACGAUAAUGGAUUUGAUUUGUUUCCGGGUCAAGAAAUUAAAGUCAUAGCUAAAGACUUGACCACUGAUGAUAAAGUCAGUAUUAGAUAUUAUCAUUAAAUAGCUGCAAAAAAUAAUAAAAAUUACGAAAAUCAAAAAUUAUGAGAAUAUAGAUAAAAAUUAUAUAUUGUUAUUAAUAUUACCUAUAAACCUGUGUUUAUAAUAAAAUACAUA